GUGCGGUUUAAAGUGUGUUUAUAUAAUUGAAAGAGUAAUGAAAUAAUUUUUAUAUUCUCAAAUUAAGAAUUAAAAUAGUUUUAAAAAGAAUAAAUGAUCGAUAUGAGAUCGUACAAGCACCGAUAUUUUUUUGAAGUUAUUGGGGUAUUAAUUACUUUAAGCUCCAUUGCAAAUGCAGAGCAAUCCUGUUUUACCCCAUCUGGCUUAUAUGGCAAUUGUGUACCUAUUCGCUCCUGCGUUAAAGUCGUCAACGAACUAUUAAGAUUCGGUAAAAAUGCACCACAAAGUUAUAGAGAACAAUUGAUACAAUCUCAGUGCACUGGAUCAACGCUAGAUAAUUUUAGCGAUAAUAUAAGCAUCUGUUGUGCUUCUACCGAUAAUAGCGUUAGCAUCAGUGAGCGACUAACAGAUUCAGGCGGCAUAAAUCAGAGAGGCCUCGAUCUUCUCCACUCGUUAAAGUGCGGUAUAAAAAAAUUUAUUCGUAUUGCUGGUGGUACACCAGUACCAUUGGGUAAUUACCCUUGGCUGGCGUUGUUACGGUAUGAAGCAAACACGAAUCCAUUCAAAUGUGGUGGUUCUUUAAUAACUCAUCGUCAUGUCAUAACUGCAGCACAUUGUGUUGUUAAGUUUCAAUUUAAUAUAGUCGAUGUACGUUUAGGUGAACAUGAUAUAAACACGGAUUCAGAUUGUGGCCGAAACGGCAAAAGAUAUGUAUGCAUGCCAUCCUCUAAAAGUUAUGGCAUUGAAAAAAUUACCGCACAUCCAGAUUACGAUAGCAACACAUAUUUAAAUGAUUUGGCCAUCAUUACUUUAGAUCGUACAGUUAAUUUCAACAAACAUAUCAAACCAAUUUGUUUACCCAUAACUCCAAGUUCAUUAGUAAUUGCAAGAGAUCAGGAAUACAUCAUUGCUGGUUGGGGUAUUACAGAGAAUGGCACAACAUCUCCAAUACCAUUGAGAGCAAACGUUCCUCACCGUGAUAAUGAUUACUGUACACAAAUUUACAGAGGCUUAGAGAUUGCAAGGCAACAAAUUUGCGUUGGUGGUGGAAGUAAUAUUGAAACAUGCACUGGUGAUUCUGGUGGCCCAUUGUUCUUUAAUGCAAACUACAGAGGUACAAUAACUCGAUAUGUACAAUAUGGAGUUGCGUCACUAGGCGGUGUUGGUUGCGGUCGUGUUACGUAUCCUGGUAUUUUUACAAACUUGAAAGAAUUCAUUCCAUGGAUUACAAAUGUCAUCGCAAUGAUCGAUAUGAGAUCGUACAGGCACCGAUAUUUUUUUGAAGUUAUUGGAGUAUUAAUUACUUUAAGCUCCAUUGCAAAUGCAGAACCAUCGUGUUUUACGCCAACUGGGUCCUAUGGCAAUUGUGUACCUAUUCGCUCCUGCGUUAAAGUUGUCAACGAACUAUCGAGGUUAGGUGAAAAUACACCACAAAGUUAUAGAGAACAUCUGAUACAAUCUCGUUGUACUGGACCAACGCCAGAUGAUAUUUAUAUUUGUUGUGAUUCUAAUGAAGAUGAUUAUGAAAAAUCCUUAAACCCAAACGGAUUGCAACUUUUAAAUGAACUUAAGUGCGGUCAUGUGGCUGCGAGGGGAACCAAUCUAGGUGAAUCUCCCUGGAAUGCUUUGUUAAAGUAUAAAUCUUCAGAAAAACCAUAUAAAUGUGGAGGUUCUUUAAUAACCCAUCGACAUAUAUUAAGUGCUGCACAUUGCUUGGUGGUAGACAUUAAUAUUGUUGGUGUACGGCUUGGUGAGUAUGACAUAAAUACAGAUCCUGAUUGUCAAAGAAAGGGACGUAGAACUAUAUGUAUGCCUCCUGCUGUCGACUAUGGCAUUGAAAAAAUUAUAGUACAUCCAUAUUAUAGUAGACAAGCAUUUAUUAAUGAUAUUGGAUUAAUUAAAUUGGAUCGUGAUGUUGAAUUUAACAUACAUAUAAAGCCCAUUUGUUUACCAAUAACUAAACGUACAGCGGACACAAAUCGUGAAAAAUACAUUGUCACUGGUUGGGGUACAACCGAAAAUGGCACAACUGCUUCAGUGUUAAUGAGAGCUGUAGUUAAGCACCAAGAACCUAAAUUUUGUCAAGAAUUGUUCAAGAAUGUGCAUAUAACUGAAAAUAAUUUAUGUGCUGGAGGAGAUACUUAUGAAGCAUGUACAAUUCAAUCUGGUGGGCCAUUGUUCUUCUUGGCACCAUAUAAGACACUAAAUCGUUAUGUACAAUUUGGGGUUCUUUCGUUUGGUAUGAAUAAAUGUUAUUCGAAGGCAUAUCCUAGUAUUUAUGCGGAUAUUAUACCUCAAAUGCCUUGGAUUACAGAAAAUUUAGUUGAGUAGUUGAGCGGUUUUGACAUGUCUAAAAUAAGUUUUUAUAAAAUUAUUUGAAUUAUAUUACUUUAUAUCACUUUAUUA